UUUUCCCUGAGCUAUCUCACUACAAGCAGCUUAGAUCAGUCGUCUUAUGUAAGCAGCGCGGUUCGCUUCGACCAGUUACCCCUGCAGACACAGACAUAUACACACAAACAGAAAAGCUACCGCACGGCAACACACACAGCUCUGAGAAGCAGCCUUCACAGAAGAGCUAUAUUCAAUGUAUGCAAAUAAAAUGUGGCUCAACAUCCAAGAACCACAGGCUGGAUGUGAUGUCCCCCUAUAAAACAACUGUGAAGUCAAACUUUAUGGCUCAGGUUGUGCCAGCUCAUUCAUGGUUACCACAAAAAGGACAUCCUGUAUCCUGGCAUCAAGCAGAGGAGGAGGCAUUCUGUGGCGUGGGGGAAAUCUCCCUGGGUUUGAGGACAGAUACGUCAGGUUGCUUCUUGCACUCUGGAUCACGAAGCUGCAAGAGCGUGUUGGUGGCUUUUAAGCACAAAGCAAGGGAAGCAGAGAUCUGCGCAUCACAGGCUACAGACAGUGCAAACCUCACCCGAAGCACGGCAGCUACAGAGGACCAUGGCAUUUGCAGGGAUGCUGAGCGACGAGGACAUCAAGGCAGCGGUCCAGGCUUGUCAAGCUCCAGGCACAUUUGACUUCAAGUCGUUCUUUGCACAAGUGGGACUGACCGGCUCAUCUGAGGCAGAUGGAAGAAAAGUGUUUACAGUCCUGGACCAAGACAGGAGUGGAUACAUUGAAGAGGAGGAGCUCAAACGGUUCCUUCAGAAUUUCUUUCCGGAGGCAAGGGAGCUGACUGUGGCUGAGACCAAGGCUCUGAUGGCUGCAGGCGAUAAGGAUGGUGAUGGCAAGAUUGGGUUGGAAGAGUUCUGUGAUAUCCUGAAAUAAAGAGAAGAAGCAUCUUUGACCGUGACUGUCUUUCCCUAUUUUAAGAUAAAGGAUUUCUUAGGGGAAUCCUGGUUUUCCAGAUUGUUUGAUGCAAAGACCAGAAACCUUGGAUAUUCUCUACCUGCCUGCUGCUCUCCCUGUUAAUGUGAUACAGUAAUGCGUAAGAUGUUUGGUGGACAGAAGUUGGAAAUUAGUUGUGUGUGUGUUUAAUCAAACGGGUACCUGGAAUGGGUUAAUAAAUGUGUUGGAGAU